AUGGCGGCCGUCCAAAACCCCCACGCCAGGGGAGACUACCGUCUUUGUGGCUGCGGGAAUAAAAUUUCAGGGAAAGACACCCACCCGGUGUGCAGUACCUGUCUAGGAGUCGACCACGCCAGGUUGGCCCUAGAAAUUCCCGGCUCCUGUGGACACUGCAAAGUGUUCACGGUCAAGAGCCUCAGACGCAGGCUAGCCCGCCAGGUUAGCAUCUCGGACCGUGAUCCAUUCCUCCCCAACGCCGCACAAGGUGCAGCCGCGGAGGAGGACGUGGACACAGCUGGGGAAGCCCCGGAGACUGACUACGACUGGGGUGCCCAGUGCGAGCAGCUCCAUGCCCCCCCGUUUCCCGAGGAAGACGUGCUGGAAGUCAGUCCCAUGGAGGAGGAUGACGACACCUCGUUCCUCAUAUCAGAGGACGAGGAAGAGGAUGACACCUUCAUGGCCCCAGCACAGCCUGAGAGGCCUAAACCGCCGUGCCCUUCCGCCAUGGAAGACAGGGGAGCGAGCUCACCAGCUACCUCCCUCCAUGUGGACCUGCUCGACGUGUGCAAACGCGCGGCAGAGAAGCUGGAGAUUCCCUGGCCGGUCGCAAUAGCGGAGCCCACCCGGUCCCGCUACGAAGGCAAACGGCUUCCCCUGGCACGAAAUGCGGUGAAGCAGCUUCUCCCUGUCUUCCCCGAGUUGCUGACGGAGCUCUCCAAAACAUGGACUAGCUGCCCAUACAGCAACAGGAGCCCUAUUUCGGGCGCAGCAUCCCUCGACUGCGAGGCGAUGGACGCCCACGGCCUCCUCUCCAUGCCUCCGGUGGAAGUCCCGGUAGCUGCGCACCUCUGCCCAGGCAGCGUGAGCCAGCUGUCUGCAGCUUCCCCCAGACGCCCGACGCUGCCAGCUAAGCCCGAACGGUUCCAGUCUGCGCUGACCGAAAAGGCAUACAAAGCAGCAGCCCUCUCGGCCAGAGCCCUCAGCGCCCUCUCCAUCCUCACUGCCUACCAAGCGGAGUUGUUUGGCGCAUCUGCUGAGGAGCAAGACCCGGAUGCGUGGGAGGAGAUGGCGGUCAUCGCGGACCUGUCUCUCCGUAUCCAACGUGUCGCGGUCCAGGCCACAGGGAAGGUGAUGGCAACCCUCGUCGACCAGGAGCGAGCGCGAUGGCGCAGUCUCACUAACCUGACCGACAGGGAGCGGGAUGACAUCCUGGAUAUGCCGAUCGUCCCUGAAGGCAUCUUCGGCUCUGCAUUGGCCACAAUGCAGCAAAGAUGUGAGGCAAAGAAAAAGGACAACGAGGCUCUCAAACUUUGUCUCCCUCGGAAAGCCCCUGCGCCUUCACCUCCGGUGCAACGCAAAACCUUUGCGCAUGCAGCCUCCCAGCCGCCGCGUUUUAAGGUACCAAGACGGCCACCACCGCCAGGUCCGCCCCCUCCGAUGAGGAAGGAGCGCGGAGCCGGCUGGCAGGGGAAACCUGCCUCCACGACCGCUACGCCGCCGCCGCCCACAGCCGCCGCGAGCUCGGUCCCACAGGAGCCGCAAUAUGUUCCCCCGCUCUCUCUCAGAUGGGAAAGCUGGAGAGCAGCAGCAGCUCCACCGUGGGUGUUGCGCACAAUUUCCCGGGGAUACAGGCUUCAAUUCGCCACUGUCCCUCCCCGCUUCUCCGGUGUAAUACACUCACAUGCACAGGGAGAAUCAGCUCGAGUUUUACGGGAGGAAAUUCUCUCUCUGAUAGACAAACGAGCAGUUUCUGUCGUAUCUCCCGAACAGAGUCUGUCAGGGUUUUAUUCCAGAUACUUCCUCGUCCCCAAACGGGGGGGGAGAGGAAUCCGCCCUAUUCUGGACUUAAGAGCCCUGAACAAAUUCCUGCGGAAAUACAAGUUCAGGAUGCUGACACAUGCAGCUCUGUUGCGUCUAGUAAGACCGAACGACUGGUUUUCGUCCGUGGAUCUGAAAGACGCGUAUUUCCACAUUCCCAUUUAUCCCCCUCACAGACAAUAUCUCCGGUUUGCCUUUCAAGGGGUGUGUUACGAAUACCGUGUUCUACCAUUCGGUGUGUCUCUCAGUCCGAGGGUUUUCAUACGGUGCACAGAGGCCGCGGUAGCCCCGCUCAGACGCCGGGGGAUACGUCUGGCCACGUAUUUAGACGACUGGCUCCUGUUAGCGCAGUCAGAACAGGAAGCCAGGGUUCACACACACAUUGUCACAAAACACCUGAUGGAUUUAGGUUUUGUGAUAAAUAUGGAAAAAAGCCACCUAUCUCCAACGCAGGAGAUAUGCUUUCUGGGAUUAUCCCUGCGCUCUGUUCCGUUCACAGCCCGCCUGUCAGAGGAAAGAGUGACGGUUUUCAGAAAGUGCCUGUCACAAUUCCGUCUGCACAGGUCUGUCCAGUUCAGACUGUGCCUUCGGUUGCUGGGUCUGAUGGCCUCAGCCAUCCUCGUGAUUCGCCUCGGCCGCCUUCACAUGCGGGACUUUCAGCGCUGGGUCGCUUCGCUCCGAAUGGACCCCGUGCGUCAUGGCGCACGGCGGAUAACGGUCACAGCGGACUGUAUAACAGCUCUGCGCUGUUGGCGAGCCCCGUCCUUCCUGACCCAAGGGGUGCCUAUGGGCACCGUCUCGUCCAGGAAAGUGGUAACCACGGAUGCCAGCCUAUCAGGCUGGGGCGGCAUUCACGAGGGCAGGUCUGUGAGGGGUCGCUGGAGCCAGGCCCUCCAGCGCCUUCACAUAAACUUUCUCGAACUUUCGGCGGUGUUUCUUUCUCUGAGACACUUCCUCCCAUUCCUCUCGGGUCACCAUGUCCUGGUGAGGACGGACAACACGACAACAGUGGCGUAUAUCAACCGCCAAGGGGGCCUGCGCUCCCGCAUGUUGCACAAUCUGGCGCGCGACCUGAUUCUCUGGAGCAGUACCCACUUUCUCUCCCUGAGAGCGACGCACGUCCCGGGAGACUUGAACACGGGCGCGGACCUGCUGUCCAGAGGCGCGCCAGUGUACGGGGAAUGGACGCUGCACCCACAGGUCGUGGAGCAGAUAUGGGCGCGCUACGGGCGCGCUCAGAUAGAUCUGUUCGCGUCCAGGGAAAACGCUCGAUGCGAGCUGUUCUUCUCUCUGAGCACUCUGAAAGCCCCUCUGGGCGUAGACGCAUUAGCGCACGCCUGGCCGCACGAGCUGCUAUACGCGUUUCCACCGCUGGCCCUGAUACCCCCCACUCUCGCCAGAGUGAGGGCAUUCAACCACAGACUGAUCCUAAUAGCUCCGCACUGGCCAGCGCAACACUGGCUGGCGGAGAUAUUCCAGAUGCUGUGCGCCCAGCCUUGGGAGCUGCCGCUGCGCAGGGACCUGCUCUCGCAGGGUGCGGGGACAGUGUACCACCCACACCCGGAGCGACUGCAGCUGUGGGCCUGGCCCAUGAGUGGC